CCAACCCCACCCACACAUAAUUGUGCAUUUUUAUAAUAAAUAGUGUUAUGUCAUCAAAUUGAAUAUAUAAUUUAUAUAAUACGAAUUAUUGUAGAUUAUUAUUGUAAUUAACAUAAUGGAGAUAAUUUACAGUUGGUACAUUAUCUGUUUAUUAAAUUUACUUUUAAAUGGAAAAAUCGGUCAAGCGCAAGAAGAUAGUUCCACAGAAGACCCAAUUACUGAUCCUACCACUUUCGAUAAUACAACAAUGACUAGUACAACAACCAAUAAACCAAAAGAGGAAAACUCUACGACAGAUGACACUACUUAUACUACAACCCCCAGUUAUUCUACUACAAAUUUAAAAUGUCAACGAAUAUUCCACAUGAUAGUUGGAUUGAUCAGUUUAAUGGCAAUCAAUUGACGAAAACAAAACACUUAUUCUCUGUAAUCAAUGUAUAACUAGUUUUAUGUAUCUCAUUGAACGAUGAACAGUAAACUGUUAAUUUCAAAAAAAUGAACAAAAUCAAUCCAAUAUAUUGAUUUUCUUAUUCUAUCAUUAAAUAGAAUAGUAAAUUUUCAUUAUUCAAUGAAUAAUAGUAAUUUAAUAGUUACCUUUCUCUUUUUUGUUUUUUUUUGUAAUAUCAACAUUUUAUUGAUUUAAAUCAGAGUACUUAGUUACUAAAUUUGAAUGAUGUAUAUUUUAAAAAAAAAGUUUUUUUUUUCUUCAAAAUUAUAAUAAAUAUCAUACAAUAGAAAUUAAUUAAUAUUUCUUUUCAGAAGGGGGUUUUUGUGGAGAUUGUAGUCGUUUCAAUAGUUGUGGAUAUGAUUCAAUUGAAGCUAGACAACCAUGAAAAAAUUUGGAAGUACUGGAUGGUGGUUUUGUCUUAUUGUGGGACUCCUCAGCAGUAUGCAUCUACGAUCCUACCUCGCGGGAUUAAAACUCAAGACCUAUCAAUCCUACUGAUGACAAUGGUGGAUGUGCCGAUCGAAUUCGUGGAUUAGUUGAAGCUAAGCAUCAACA